AUGGUGACGACCGACGACGUCUUUGUGCACCUGGGUCCAUGGCACGUGCCUGUCAUUGUCUUCUGUCUGUACCGCGGCUUUCCCGCUGCUUGGCACGCGAUGGCCACGUCGUUCACUGCGCCGACCCUCGAACAUUGGUGCGCCAGGCCUCCUCUAUUCUCCAACUGGAGCACCCAAGAAUGGCUUGAACUUGGAAUACCUCGGGACAUCAAUAGCGGAGAAGUGACAACAAGCCGGUGCGAGAUGUUUGCUUUUGAGGAACUGCUGAAUGGCAGUAUCCUCAUUCGCAACGAUUCUAGAGUUCGCUGCUCGAAUUGGGAGUACGACAGAGGAACCCACACCAACACACUCACCAAUCAGUUUGACUUGGUGUGUGAUCGCAUCUGGCUGCGAGCCGCUUCCCAAAGUGUGUACAUGGUGGGACUCAUGGUUGGAAACUUCUUCUACGCUCAUCUCUCAGAUUGGUACGGAAGAAAGCGGGCAUUGGCGUUCAUGGUGCCUGUUCCCAUCGUUGCUGGUGUCAUGACAGCUUUCUCGUCGAGCUUUUUGAUGCUAAACAUUGGGAGGUUUAUUUCCUCUUUGGGAAUCGGAGGAAUCCAGAAUACGACAUUUACAUUUGUAAUGGAGGUCUUGUCUGCUCGGCACCGCGCCCUGGGUUCGCUCAUCUCGAGCGGUGGCUGGACCACUGGGCUUCUGACGCUCGUGGCACUGGCCUGGUUCAUCCGUGACUGGUUUCACAUGCAGCUGGUCAUAUCGCUCGCGUACCUGCUACUCGCUUUGAACUGGAUGUUUAUGUCGGAAUCUCCUCGAUGGCUGCUGGCGACCUCCAAGUACCAGGAGGCCGAGCGCGUUCUCGCAGAUGCUAUAAAGAAAAACAAAAUUAAGGACGUGCAGCCGGAGGACAUCAUCAAAGAUUUCAAGGGCAAGCCUUCCCAGGAAAACACGUCUAAGAAGCCCACCUUUAUUGAACUUUUUCGCGUCUCCUGCAUUAGGUGGACAACAGUAAAUAUGUGCACCAUGUCGAUUCUGGGCACACUUCUUUACUACAAUCUGACGUAUUCAAGCAUACUGCUAGGGGGAAAUCCUUACGUGAGCUUUGCCCUCAUGGCAGCAAUGGAGUACCCAGUUAGGCUUAUUUCUGUGCUAUUCAUCAACUACAUCAGACGACGACCAUCUUACGUCAUCCUGUACGCAUUCUCCGCUCUCUGUUCGGUGGUCAUCAUAUUUCUCCCAAAGCGUCUCUGGUGGUUGCAACUUUGUUUUGCUCUGCUAACCAAACUGGGUAGCACCUGCGCCUACUCGGUCAACUUCGUUCAGCUGUCGGAACUCUACCCAACAAAGAUUCGGACACUGGCCAUGGGAUUCACUAUCACGCUUGGACGCGUUGGGGCCAUCAUUGCCCCAUUUACCAAAGAGCUGGGUGUUAUAUUUGAACCAUGGGCUCCCAAGGUAGUUGAUAUAGCUAUCUGUAUUGUUCUUGCAAUAUGUGGUGCAAUGCUCCCCGAGACCUUCAGAGCCGAACUCCCGGAUACUUUGGAGGAUAUAAAGCAAAGAAGGGAGAAGAAGAAGCAGCAAGAGUCCAAACCGCUGCCCGAAAUUGAGGUGAUGCGUUUAUGAAGAAUGCCAUUUUCCUGUAACUCAACCCGUCACAUGUGCGUGCGAAGGACUUUACAUAAAGACAGCAUUAAGCCCCAAUACCAAAGGUUUUACAAAUAUGGUUCAAGAGUCAUGAAGAGAGAUGGAGAUGACUGUACUUU